AUGCACCCGACGACCUCCUCGAUGACGGCGGCUAGCAAGAAGAAGACCGUUCCUCCGCCGACCAAGCCGAGCGCCAAGAAGGACAAAGACCUCAAGAAGGUCAAGAAGACGCCCACCAACACGCUUGGCGCCUGGGUGUUGCCGACGAUUGAACCGGACCUCGUCAAGCGAAAGAAGGCUGCGCUGACGCCUCCUCCUGUGCUCACCGCGCCCGUGAUCAAGCCCACCCCGGCGCUGACGAUCUCGCGCCAAGAGACGGCGCGUGGCCCGAAGCAGCCGAGCUGGAAGACGGACGCGGAGCUCUCAAAGCCCUGCUUUCCUGCGGAGUUACACGAUAGCCUCCACAAGGAGAUUGUCGAGUAUGCGCGGUACACCAAGGCCAUUGUGGCUGAGAUGGCCAUCCACAUUGAAAAGACGAUCGAGAUGGUGCGCAACUGCGUGCGCAAGCUCUGGCCCGACGCCAGCGUGGACACGUACGGCUCGUACUCGACGGGCAUUUGGCUGCCCACGAGCGACAUUGACUUGGUCAUUCUCGGAGUCGGAGACCCGGCCGACUCGCCUGUCGUGCACUUGAAGCGUCUUGCCGCGCAGCUCCGGAGCGAAAAAUGGGUCGAGUCGAUUGUGAUGGUCGACACGGCCAAGAUCCCGCUGCUCAAGCUUGUCAGCCUCGACUCGUCCGUGCCAAUCGACAUAACGUUCGAGUCGUCCAACACGCACAGCGGACUUUUGGCGCGAGAUCUUGUCAAGAGCCUUGUGGACGAACUGCCGGAGCUGUACCCAUUGGCAAUCGUGUUCAAGCAACUUUUGCGCGAGCGCGGGCUGAACGACUGCUACAGCGGCGGCGUCAGCUCGUACUCGAUUGUGCUUAUGAUUGUGCAUUUCUCGCAGUUGUGGCGUGCCGGUCCCACGGCGUUCAAGGCCGCGAUGAUUUAUGCGUCCGGGUCAUUGCCGUCGGAAGCCAUCACGAUCGAAGACACUGACAAAGUCGAGGCAACGACGCCUAUGUCGCCUGCCAAGCCCUCUGCUACUGCGCCGUCCCCAAAGAAGCUGCCGACCAAGCCUGUCGAGGCGCCGUCGGCUGUGAAAUCGUACGCGUCGGUCGUCGAAACCGAGCCGUUUACGACGUUGUCGUACGCUGCCGUGGCCGUGGGCAGCUCGAGCGCCAAGGCCACCCGUCAUCCCGCGAUGGCCUCAACCAGCUACGCGUCGAUCGCAAUGAAGGAGUCAAGCAAGGACGACCACCUCGAAGCCGUGAGCGUGGCGAGCAGCCAGGCCGACACGGAAGACACGUCGGCCGACGAGCGCGAAGACCCCGACCAAUCGCACUGGCCCGUGUGUCUUGGCGCCCACGCGGUGCGCAUGCUCGAGUUUUUUGGCUGCAUUUUCAACUACCAGAAGAGCGGCAUGAGCGUGCGCAACGGCGGGUUCAUCUUCCGGCUUCACGACGAAGGGCCGUCUCCGUUUGUGAAGGCGCAUAUGGUCAUCGAAGACCCGAUCCACCCCGAGCGCAAUGUGAGCGCGGCCAGUUUUGCCUUUCAGAAGGUUGUCGCGCUCUUUGAGGACUCGUAUUUCGCGCUGCAGUACUUUCGCCCAACCCGGUUCAGCCCGUCGCCGCUGAGCUGCCUCUUGAGCUGCGCGGGUCACCGCGGCGUCCAUCGACGGCUCAUGUACCCGGACGACAAGCACCAAGCAACGCACACUGCGUAA